CCUACAAUGUGUACAUAAUAUCUUCAACUCCACCUAUUCCCGUCUUUAUUCCUUCUUCCAAAUACUAGCCGGAGAAGAGGAACAGGUUAAGCAAGCAGCGAUCCGAAAGGCCAUCCCUGCUUUCGGUUCCAGGAAAGAGAAAGAUAGUGAGUCUUCAAUUAUGCAAUCUCACGGGAGGUCUCUCUGUUGUUUUCUUUCCUGGAAUCGGUUUCCCUUUGAGCUUUGAUUUUCCCGGGGAAAUUUCUAAGUGGAUCUGAUAAGGCUUUCGUGGGUCUUUCUUGUAUUGAAUGACAUGGGUGGUUGUCUUGGUCGCUAUACCAAGCCAACAAUAACUACCUCAUUGGAUACACAAUCAAAAGGAGUGCAGAUUCAAGGUCAGAAGGUGAAAAAGCCUAACAUAUCAGAGGAUUUCUGGACCACCAGUACGUGGGAUAUGGACAACAGUGCAGUUCAGUCGCAAGGAAGCUUAUCAUCAAUCAGUACAACCAAUCAAAUUCUGGAUUUGCAUGGUGUUGCUGGAAAUGCUAACACCCCUUCUGAAUUUGUAAAUCAUGGUCUUCUUCUCUGGAAUCAGACUAGGCAGCGUUGGGUAGGAAGUAAGAGAUCCGAGAACAGGGUUCAACAGACACGAGAACCCAAAUUAAGUUGGAAUGCAUCGUAUGAAAGUUUGCUUGGGAGCAACAAGCCAUUCCCUCAGCCUAUACCGCUUGUUGAAAUGGUAGAUUUUCUCGUGGACAUCUGGGAGCAGGAGGGAUUAUAUGAUUGAGCAGCAGAAGUGUUUAUCUGUUAAAAGGUUUUUGAGAUAUCAAAACCCGUCAUGGCUGUUCUAACAUUCAAGUUGCUUCCAUGGUAAGGGGUGGGGGUGAUUUGAGCAAAUUGCGGCUUUUAUAUCAACAGAAACAUCAUCGAUAAUUCAGGCCUUUUAGACAUGCUUGUAUUACAUUUAAUUCAAAUUAUGGCACCGGCAUUCUUGGGGGCAAGUUUUACAAAAUUUAUGAAACUUUGUCAACACUGACUCGAAUGCUACCAGCACUUGCAAGUUAGGGCUUGUGAUAAAUUCCCUCCUCCCUUUUUCUCUUAAAAUAAAUCUCAUGAGUUAUUACCU